ACUUUGUAAAUAAUAUAUCUCCUUCAUUUAAAUUAUUUUAAGUUUAAAUAUUUAACUUUGUUAAGUUAUUAUGUUCACUUUAAAAAUUCCUUCAAAUUGUUCAGAGAGUGCCCAAGAGAUUUCAAAUAUCGAUAGCAGUCGCUUCAAACAGUUGCUUAAAACCAAAUGGGACGAAAUUCACGAUCAACCAGAUGUUUUACGCUACAAAGUUAAUAAAAUGAGAGAAAGAAUUGUGGAUAACAGAUACAUACUAUUGUUGAAUCCUGACCGUGGAUUCAAGAGAAGGGAGCCGGAGUUAAUAGACAGUAUCCACAAGCUGUACAACCCUAAUGAGUUCAAUUUUAACAAAACAUCAUCUAAAGAACAUUUGUUUACUAUGCAUGAAAACAACAGCGCAGACACACACUUGUUCCUAGUAAAUGUGAGUCCCAUAUCCCGGUACCACACUCUGCUGUGCCCGUCGGUCAACAAAUGUCUGCCACAGGUUGUGACUGAAGACAGUAUUAGACUGGUUUUAGAUGUCAAGUUCUUGGCGCAGGAUCGUGAUCUAAAAAUUGGUUUCAACAGUCUCUGUGCUUUUGCUUCUGUGAACCACCUACACUACCACUUGAUGUAUGAAAAGAAUAAUUUACAUGUUGCAACCGAUAAAUGCACCUACUUAAAAGGUCCCCUCUACAUAAUAAAUAACGUCGUCCCAGCAUUCUGUUUCCAAGUGACAAAAGAAACGAAAACCAAAGCAGUUAAACACAUCUUUAAACUGGCUGAAUGUCUCGUAUCUAAGUCCAUAGGACAUAAUAUAUUAGUUACUGACGGGGAGCCUGUGGUAACAGAGUGUAAACAUGUGGUACCAGAGUGUAAUAAUGUGGUACCUCGGUGUAAUGAUAUGGUACCAGCCUGUCAGAAUGCGAUACCAGACUGUAAGGAAGUGGUACCUCGGUGUAAUGAUAUGGUACCAGGGUGUCAGAAUGCGGUACCAGACUGUAAGGAAGUGGUACCAGGGUGUCAGGAUAGUGAGGUGGUGAGAGUAUUGGUGACGCCGAGAUUGAGCACUGCCGGUGUUAAAAUGUUGACGUCGUUCAAUGUGGCUGUUUUGGAGCUGAGCGGAUGGUUUCCUGUGUACAACCCUGAGUAUUUCGAUACAUUCAGUGCGGCAGAUUUGGAAAAAGAAUUGAGUAAAUGGAAGUUACCGAAUUUUGAAGAAUUAUGCGAUGAAGUUAAGUUAUUGUAUUAAUUAUAUGUGAUACCCACGUGUUAUAGUCAGACCCUUUCCUUUUUGUGUAAUAUAUGUAUGUUUAUCCUAUAAAUUUUGUAUGUAUUUAUAUCCUUUAUCUUUCUGGUACCUUGUUGUACAUUUUGCUGCAUUUGUCACCCUCUUUUCACUCUCUCCUCUCAUCUACUCAAAGGUUAACUGGAAGAGAUCCCUCAAAGGGAUAAGUUCGCCUUUGUACUUCUUGCUAAUUGUAUGUUAUUUUUAAUAUGUCUUUUUGUACAAUAAAGAGUUUACUACUACUACUACUACCGUAAAACUGCCCUCCUAACGAUAAGUGCAAUAACUAAUUUUGAAAUCUCAGUCGCUUGUGUGACAUAUUGUAUCAGAACAAGGUAUAUUAUUUAAUGAUAAUUUAAUAUGAGUUAUUGCACUUAUUGUUAGGAGGGCAGAAAAAGUCUGCAGCGAUUUUGAUAGCCCA